AUGUAAUGUCAUUUAAAUGUCAAUUUUGUAACUUUAUAUUUUUUCUUUAAAUAUGCUGCUAAUUUAAUAAAUAAACAGAACAAACACCUUUGAGAGAAUAAAUAAACAAAAUGCCUACAGUAGUACUACUCGAUGUCUCUUUGUCGAUGUCUCGACCGGUGCCUACAUCAGACACAACCGAAAAUCAUACUCGUCUUACCAUUGCUUCGACUGCUAUAAACACAUUUUUAGAUUAUUUAAGUGUUCAUGCAAAAUUGGAAUACGUAGCUCUAGUUACUUACUCAUCCCUAUAUGAAGUAUCUGUCCCAUUUACACGUGAUUAUGACCUGAUACGCAACAAACUUCCUCUUCUGGAAGAAGGUGACAAGACAUGUAUAGAGACGGCUUUGCUUGGAGUAAACCAACUCAUACUCAGUGAAUGGGGAUACCAAACACCUGUACAAACUAUAAUAAUAACAGAUGGCAGCUGUGGAGUUGGUGCUAUUGGCAGAACUCGCAUUAUACAAGCAUUGCCUUUGCCUCCAUCUUAUCCCACUAGAAUACAUGUUUUGCCAAUAGUAUCUCCACAUGAUCCUUGUUUACAACAAGCAAUGCCACUAUAUCAGAAAAUUGUGGACUUAGCUACAGGCACUGCUAACAGUUCAAACCUUAGCAUUUCAUGUGGUGCUAUAUUUUGUCCAGACCAGUUAUCUGUACCUGGGGCAAUAUCAGCAAUGACCCGUCUCUGUGAACAAUACUAUCAGGAAUUCUGGUGUACACUCAAAUGUGGCCAAUUGGAAUCCAGAGUACAACUAUUUCCAGCACCACAAGCAGCUUUACAUGACGGCCUUGUUGCAAGCUACACAAUAGCACAUCAACUGCAUGUCGUCGGCUUCCUACAUCAACAGGACCUUGGUACACCAAUAGCGAUAAGUAAACAUCUAGUGAUACCUCAAGCUCAAGCAGGUAGUGCGGCUAACAAAGAAAAUUAUGAAUCAAAAACACCAACAAAGGAAACUUCCAGUACUGACGGAUCAGCCACUGAAGAAGAUAUGUCAGAUCCAAGCAAAGUACCUAAUUUCUGUGUUCUGCUCCAUGGUGCCUUAAAGGUUGAAAGCAUGACAGCAAUAGUUCAGUUAGGUUCGGACUGGUGGGGCACGCUGACAGCGUGGUGCGAAGCGUCCAGGGCUCGCCGCUCGUGCCUAUUGCUCAGCGUGCUGAGGCCGGGAGUCUCCGCUGCGCCUUGGCUUGGACCUUUAGAUCAACUAGGCCCUGCUGACGAUAACACUUCACCUGCAGAGCCGUUCCCUAUCCGGUCGUGGCGGUCGUAUAGCAGCGGUGGGUCGGGCUGCGCAUGGGCCCGUCCGCAUGCUUUACUCGCUGAUGUACAAAAAGUUCUGCGUCAUGCAAGAAAAUUACCCGAUAAAACCCAACAUCUUUAUAAGGAGCUGAACCGCCUUCGUAGAGCAGCUAUCUCGCUCGGAUUUUCCGAACUUCUUACUUGUGUGGGUAAUGCUUUAGAGCGUGAAUGCGCUGCGUUACCGACCUCAGCGCCGCCGGAAUGUGCGCUGCAGUUAGCACAUGCUGCCGCUGCAUUGCGCGAUCCACGGACAGCAUUAGAUAUCAAACACGUAUUACAGCCACUCGCUGCAAAUUUUACUGUCACAUCAAUGUCUCAUUAAAUUCAAUUCACAGUGGAGUUAUGCAUGCCAUAAAAUAUAAAUAUUUGUAAAUAAAACUAAUUUUUAUAAGACUUUCUAAACUAUUAAACUAAGUUCUUAUUCUGUACAAAACUGAUGAACUAUAAGAAAUAGAUUGAAUACACCAUCUGCAUCUG